AUGUCACCUCUUCUCAAUCCGCUGCCCAUCAUUAUCUUUGGCCGGAGUGCCCAAAUCGGAAAGGUCGUGCAAGAAGGGCUCGCACCCAGGUAUGAAGUGAUUCAUUUCUUUUCGUCCGCAACAACAGCCACGACAGACCUCCCUCGUCUGCUGGCGGGGCAGGAGCCUCAAUCUCCUGAUGACAGCGGGAUCGGUACCCGUAAUUACGCCAACCCUGCUCGGGCCGUUGUUUUCGGCCGGGGGUACGAUAAUGCAGACGUGGACGAGCUCCGCAAAAUAAGUGAAGGGAGCAACAAAGAUCCGGUGGUCUGGCUCAUGGGCGACCCCGAGAAGCGGCCAGCAGCACUGACCCCAGGACCGGGGUACGCCCAGGCAGCGGCAAAGGACGCGAGAGAUAUACUUGAUACCUGGAAAAAGAAUGGUGGGGUGCGAGACGAGGUGCUCCUUUGGUGA